AUGAAACAAAAUAUAAUUAAUUUAAUAUAAAAUAAAUAAAGUAUGCUGCAGUAAUAAACAACAAAUAAAAGAAUAAAAGGACAUUCUCCUUAGAGAUCACCAGGUAAAUUCUGUUCAAAUUUAUUGAAUAUUAGUAAUAAAUUUGCAGGGACAGGUGGAAUGUCUUCAUCAUUAGCUCCAAAGAAAAGUCAAGCUCCAUAAAAAGUACCAAAAUCAGGGAUCUUUUAAGCUUUGCCUAUGAUUGAAUAGACUCUAUUUAAAAAAUAUUAUGAUCGUGGAGAUCUUCCAAUUGCUGUUAAUUUUAGUGGAGCUGUUAGAAAGAUCGUUUGGAAAUGUGAACCUGAAUGCUUAGAUUAUCAUUUAUAUCUUCCUAUAUUCUUUGAAGGACUCAGAGAAACUGAAGAUCCUUAUAAAUUCUUAGCUGUCAAUGGAUGUGAAGAAUUAUUAUAAAAAGGAGAAACUAAGAUAUUAUCAGUCUUACCUUAAUUGAUUAUUCCUAUCAAAAAAGCCUUAGCAACUAAGAAUCAUGAUAUUAUGUGUAUUACCUUAAAGAAAAUAUAGAAAUUAGUCAAAAGUGGAUAAAUGAUAGGAGAAGCCUUAGUUCCUUAUUAUAGAUAAAUACUACCUGUUAUGAAUAUGUAUAAGAAUAAAAGAUUAAAUAUUGGAGAUAAAAUUGAUUAUUCAUAAAGAAAAAAUGAAAAUCUAUCUGAUCUUAUACAAGAAACAUUAGAAACACUUGAAAAAAAUGGAGGAGAAGAUGCAUACAUUAAUAUUAAAUACAUGAUACCUACAUAUGAAAGUUGUAUGUUUUGAUCAUCUAUAUUUCAUAUAUUAAAUUAUUGAUUUUUAAUAGGAUUUAAA